GUAUAAAACAGCUAUAGUCGCAUGUCAGGCCAUCACUCUUAGCAAAAUGUUUACUAAACUCGCGAUUCUCGGUUCGGUAUUGUGUCUGCUUUCCUUGGUCGGAGCUUUUGAAGUGACACCAUACAUUGAGGAUGGGAUCCCACAGGAACUGAACAUUACCACAGGCCCAUUCCUUAAGAUCGGCCAUGGCUAUUAUUACAUUGAACUGACGACUAAAAAAAAUUGGUUUGAUGCCUUUGCAUCAUGUCGCCGGUUAGGCGCAAAUCUUGUAUCGUUUGAGACUAUUCAGGAAUGGGAUUUAGUCAAUCAGUAUCUCUGGAAAAAUAAGAUUAACAAUAUAUAUUGGGUCUCGGGAACCGACUUGGCCGUUCAGGGAAAACAUGAAUGGUUCUCAACCGGUCAACCCAUAUCCCUUAAAAUAUGGUAUCCUGGAGAGCCAAAUAAUAUGAAUGGAGUGGAGCAUUGUGACUUGAUGGGAGACAAAGCAACCGAAAACAACUACAACACGCUGAAUGACUGUAUUUGCGAGUAUAAGAGUCUCUACAUAUGCGAAGCGCCACAGCCAAAGACAGCGUCGUUUGUUAUUUGGUAAUAAUGUUAUCCAGUUCAUAUAAUAUUAAAUAAAAGCAAUUUGAAAAAAGUA